AUGGUUGCGCCCAUCCGAGUCGUGCCCAAUGCGGCCGUACGCGCGAGCAGCCUCCUCCGCACCAUCCAGUACACGCACCCGACCUCGUGCCCGUGCCACUCCAACCCGGGCUUCCACCAGUCCCCGCCGGUGCUGCGCCCCCGGGCCGCCCAGCCGGGCUCCCGCCGCUACGCCACGCCGACCAAGACGGAGACGCUCAAGGAGUACGCGUUUGAGAUGGCGGCCUCGUCGAUCCGCUUCGGCCCGGGCGUCACGCAGGAGGUCGGCAUGGACUUUAAGAACCUCGGCGCCAAGCGCGUCGCCGUCGUCACCGACACCACGGUGGAGAAGCUCGACGCCAUGAAGCAGGUGGUCGAGGGCCUCACCCGCGAGGGCAUCUCUUUUGAAGUGUUUAACAAGGUCCGCGUCGAGCCCAAGGACAGCUCGAUCAAGGAAGCCAUUACGUGGUCGCGCCCGUACCAGCCAGACGCUUUCCUAGCUGUUGGAGGCGGCUCGGUCAUGGACACGGCCAAGCUCAUGAAUCUGUAUACAUGCUAUCCCGACGCCGACUUUCUCGACUUUGUCAACGCGCCGCUUGGAAAGGGUCGACCUGUCGACAAGCCGCUGAGGCCUCUCAUCGCAGUGCCCACCACUUCUGGUACGGGUAGCGAGACCACUGGUACCGCCAUCUUUGAUCUGGUCUCGAAAAAGGCCAAGACUGGCGUUGCCCACCGCAACUUGAAGCCCACCCUGGGAAUUUGUGAUCCUUUGAACACGAGAACCAUGCCAGCGGCUGUCAAGGCCAGCUCUGGACUGGACGUCUUGUGCCACUCGCUCGAGUCCUGGACCGCCAUCCCGUACUAUGAGCGAAGUCCUCGCCCGGCAAACCCCAUUCUCCGACCUGCCUACCAGGGUGCCAACCCCAUCUCCGAUGUCUUUUCUUUCCACGCCCUGCGCGCUACUGUCAAGUAUCUUCCCCGCGCUGUCAGAGAUCCCGAUGACUACGAAGCUCAGAGCGAGAUGCUUUUGGCUGCUACGCUCGCGGGUGUUGGAUUUGGCAACGCUGGUGUCCAUCUUUGCCAUGGCAUGUCUUACCCCAUCUCUGGACAGAACCCUGCUGGAUAUCGACAUGCUGGCUAUGAACUCCCCGAACCACUCAUUCCUCACGGUGUCUCAGUCGCAGUAUCCGCGCCGGCCGUCUUCCGAUUCACCGGCGCUUCCAACCCCGAACGCCAUCUUGCUGCUGCUGAAGUUUUCGGCGUCGACAUCUCAAACGUCAAGCGAGAGAGUGCUGGUGAAGUCCUUGCCGAGGCGCUGUCCAAGUUUUUGGCCGAUCUCGGCGACCAGCCUAGCGGACUCAAGGACCUUGGUUUUGGUAGCGAGCACAUCGAAGAGCUUGUCGAGGGUACUCUCCCCCAAGCCCGUGUGCUAAUGCUUGCGCCUGGGCUGGCCAAGGACCUCGAGACCGAGCGCGACCAGCUCCGCAACCUCUUUGAGAGUGCCCUGACACACUAG